ACUUUCUCGUUCCGUUCUUAAUACUCCCCCUCCACCCCUCUUCCCAUCACUCCUCCUCUUCACUCUCUUCAAAACUCUUUAUGCUUUUUCCAGUUGAGCGAUUCAGGGCUGAGACGCAACCGCACUGGAGGGACAAUCAAACCGCGCUAGACCGGCGCGAGCACAACCCAGCUCCGACCAGAACUCCGACCCGCCUCCACUUCUGCUUUGAAACGAUGGGAUAUGCUGAUUUUAAAAGUUGACCGGGAAUUUGGAGUCUGCGAAGCAUGGCUUUCCUUUUAACUUUCUUAUUCCUGUCUUGUUACAGUGCGAAGAGUGCUUGGGGGAACCAGCACAGUGAGACCAGUAUCUAUUUGGAUAACAUCACACGGAUCUUGGACAGAUUACUGGAUGGCUAUGACAACAGGCUGCGACCUGGAUUUGGAGGUCCAGUUACAGAAGUCAAAACUGAUAUCUUUGUCACCAGCUUUGGGCCCGUUUCAGAUGUUGAGAUGGAGUAUACCAUGGACGUGUUCUUUCGCCAGACCUGGAUUGAUGAGCGGUUGAAAUUUGAAGGCCCGAUUGAGAUCCUGCGGCUCAACAACCUGAUGGUCAGCAAGAUCUGGACGCCUGACACAUUUUUCCGAAAUGGCAAGAGGUCGAUCUCUCACAACAUGACCACCCCUAACAAGCUGUUCCGCAUCAUGCAGAACGGAACUAUCCUCUACACCAUGAGAUUAACUAUAAAUGCAGAGUGUCCCAUGCGUCUGAUGAACUUCCCAAUGGAUGGCCAUGCCUGCCCACUCAAAUUUGGGAGUUAUGCUUACCCCAUUAGCGAGAUUGUGUAUACAUGGAAGAAAGGCCCGCUGUCUUCUGUUGAGGUGCCACAGGAAUCAUCAAGUCUUCUGCAGUAUGACCUGAUUGGUCAGACAGUGUCAAGCGAGAGGCUAAAGUCCAAUACAGGUGAAUAUGUUAUCAUGACCGUCCACUUCCACCUGCAAAGGAAAAUGGGCUUCUUCCUCAUUCAGACUUACAUUCCUUGCAUUAUGACUGUCAUCCUGGCCCAAGUCUCCUUCUGGAUUAAUAAGGAAUCUGUUCCAGCUCGCACUGUGUUUGGUAUCACCACUGUGUUGACCAUGACAACACUCAGUAUCAGCGCCCGACACUCUCUGCCUAAAGUAUCCUACGCAACCGCUAUGGAUUGGUUCAUCGCUGUUUGCUUCGCCUUUGUUUUUUCUGCCCUGAUUGAGUUUGCGGCUGUCAACUACUUCUCCACGCUGCAGGCAAACAAGGAGCACCGGAAGGCAGUGGCCAUGAAGGCGGUAGCUCAGGAGGCAGCCGCUGCAGCAGCAGCUCCUACUGCAGGGCCUGGGAAUGACGGUGAAUCUUCCUCUGUGGAUCCCAGCAGUGCACUGAAGAAGAGGAUGAACUCUGCCCUGCUGUUUGACCGGCCAGCCAAAACAUUUCCCAACCCACCUGUCAAUCCCAAUGCCUUCCUGCAGCAGGGUUCAGCUGUACCUGCCAACAAAGUCCUGACUGGCACCAGCAUCAUUGACAAAUACUCCCGCAUCCUGUUUCCCCUUUCGUUUGGCGCCUUUAACCUGGUCUAUUGGAUUGUCUAUCUAACCAAGGACACCAUGGAGAUGUCCAGGGAUACAGUCUAAGCCCAGAGUAUGUCUUCCUUGAAAUCACACUCAAUACACACCUCCAGACACCUGCACACAUCCUGUACCUACACAACAACUAGAUGACAGACAUUUGCCAAGGACUCUUUUAUGCUCUCCCAGUGCAUUGAUUUUUUAAGUGUUCCCUUGUAAAGUGUGCAUUUUCACAACAGAUAUCCAAUCUUCUUUUGCCAGCAUGUGCUGAGAACUCAUUACUUGUGGGUCUGUGCAUCUGGAACCAUUCCAAACAGGUUGUAUCUAGCUGUCCGUCUCUCAUGUUUGUUCUCUUCUCAGAUAUACAGUGCUGUAAAAAUGUCCUAUUUCCUCUCUCUUUGCAUAUGUGUUACAACUGUCUUGGUUUUUUGAACAAAAGAAUUACAUAGACACUUUGACAGUU